CGUAUAGAAUCAUAGGCGGCCAUCUCAUUUUUUGGCAGUUUUUAGUUAUUUAUUAAAAAAAAAGUAAAAAAUUGAAUUAAACGGUUUUAUUCGACAACACAGAACCAAACGUGGCUAUUUUCCUUGCAAAUCCUUUGUCAAAUCGUAGUUUAGUUACAAAGAUGGCAAUCUUCUGCAUGUUCAGAAUCAAACUCGGCGCUUGUGCUCACUCGACCAAUCACAGCAGUGCAUUUGGUCACGCGACAAGAUGGCGACAAAUAAGUUUUUAGUACAUUUUAUUCUCCGGAUUUAAUUGAUUUAAAGCUGUGUUAAAGAUAAAAAGUUGUGUUAAAUUUAGUAAUAAGAAACAAUGGAGGUCCACCCAUCAGAAACUAUAAAUACUAUAGCUAGAAAACGAAAAAGAAACCCAGACAAAUGGAAAAAAAACAUAGCUAAAAGAAACAGAUAUUCUGCGAAAAGUUUACCUACGCGUGUCUGCGAACAUGAUCAACCGGCAUUUAGGUGUUCCAGCAUAAAAACAACUGAGAUGCUUAAGUUACAUCAAAAUUUUUAUGUUCACCCAAGCAAGAAAACGCAAGAUGCCAUCAUUUUAAAACUAUGUUCCAUAAAACCCAUUGGUAAGAGGACAACUAGCAGAGUAACUAAACAAACAUCGAUAAAAUACUCAGUAUUUGUUGGUGGGUCGAAAGUACCCAUAUGUCAAAAAUUUUUUUUGAGUAUUUUUGGUGUCACCAAGCAUAGGGUCAGUUAUGUAAUGAAAAAAUUUUUUUACGUUGGUGAAAUUUCACAUGAAGCUCGCGGUGGGUUCCGUCAGCAUGAAAAAUUUUCUGAACAAAAGCAGUCUGUGAAACAAUUUAUCCAAAAUUUAAAAUGCAUGGAGUCCCAUUAUUGCCGUAAGUCUAAAUGUGCUGAACGUCAAUAUCUACCACCGGAACUUAAUAUUAAAAAGUUAUAUAAUAUGUAUAAACAUUCUGAACACAUGAAACCUGACGUAAAAUUGUCAUAUUUUCGUUACGUGUUUAAUAACUUUUUUAACAUAGGGUUCGGUUCCCCGCAGACUGAUGUAUGCUCAACAUGUCUAGAACUUUCUGAAAAACUUAAAUUAGUAACUAAUGCUGCUGAAAAAAAUGCAUUGAUAACCCAAAAAAGAGUUCAUAAAUUAAGAGCAAAGGCAUUCUUUGAUAAAUUGCGUGAGCAGAGGGAUGACCUGAAAAUCAUAUCGUUUGAUUGUCAAAAAAAUCUACCCAUUCCAAAGUUACCGGACCAAAUUUGUUACUACAGCCGUCAACUUUACUUAUAUAACUUCACCAUGGUGGAAGGAUCCUCUAAUCAGCCAAUGACAAGAGAUAACGUAUUUGCAUAUUGUUGCACAGAAGAUGAAUUCCAUAAAGAUUCUAAUUUAAUUUCCUCGGCUAUUUACCACAGACUAAAUGAAACGGACAAAACUGGCAUCAAAACUAUACGCUUAGUAGCUGAUGGUUGCGGCGGACAAAAUAAAAAUUCUAUUGUCAUUGCGGCAUGCUCUAAGUGGCUGUUAUCUUGUUCAGCUAUUAAAAGCAUUGAAAUUGUCUUCCCGGUCACAGGACACUCAUACAUGCCACCAGAUCGCACAUUUGGCGUAAUAGAAAAAAAAUUAAAGAGGCAGGACGUUAUAUUACACCCAGACGAGUUGAAAGAGGUCAUAUCUCAAACUUCAACAGUUUUACAGUUUGGAGAUGAAUGUCCUGUAUAUGAUUGGAGAGAAGCAGCUCGAAAAAUACUGGCGCCAACUACUUCAUGGAGGGUUAGAUUUAAAGAGUGCAAAAGAUUUAUUUUGGUCCGAUCUAAAAAACCGGGUAACAUACUUGUGCGAGGUGAAACUUUGUAUAAAAGUGACAUUGGUACUGCUACUAAUAUUUGCAAACGGCAGAAAAGUAUCUCAAUGAUUAAUCCCAAACAAAUUAACAAAACUAUUGCACUUAAUAAAAACAAACUCAAAGAUAUUAAUAACCUUCUAAAUAAACAUUUUGGCAAGGACUGGCCGGGAAUACUCACACUUGAGUAUUACAAGAAUUUGAAUAUAAGCCAGGAGUCCCUAACCUUUACUUCUCCUCCUGAGGGAGAGUACUGCCAUGAAUCUCUCGAGGAAGUAAGUGACUUACGAAUUUAGAUAAGAUUUUAAAUAAUUUGUUUUUGUUUAAUUACGCCUAAUUUCCUUUUAAUUGUGAUUUUCAAGCCGAUUUUAUAAAAAAAUAACAUAAGACUGAUUGUAAUUAAAGAUGACUGAUUGUUGAUAGAUAUGAACGUAAUAAAAGUUAAUAAAGAAAA